AUGAUUCCCUUUUCCCACGCCACCAGCCUGUACGCGGCAGCGACGGCCCUCGACCUGGGCACGUUCUUCCUCCUUGCACUCGUAACCGUCUUGCAAUUCUGCUUCGUCCGCCGCCACCGCGACGCUGCCCGGACCUGGGUCAAAUGGGCGCGCUACUCGCUCGCCCUCUUCACCUUCACCCUGUUUGUACUCUGCGCCCAACUAAUCAUCGCGACCGUGUACAGCCGCUUCGCCGACCGUGGCAUUGAAUUCUUCGCGUCGGAAAAAAAGGGCCUCUGGCAGACCCGCGGCUUCCUCGACAGUAUCUGGCAGCUAUGUGAGGCCGUCCUCCGCGUGUUUCUGCUUGUCACGUUUGCCAUGCUCGGCGCGGGCCUCGCCAUGGCGCGCUCGUCGUCGUCGGCGCCGGGCACCGUCGGCGGAGCUGCGCCGGCCGGGUGGACCAGGACGCCGGGGCUGGCAUGGGGCGCCGGCGGCCUGACGCUGGUGCUCGCGAUCGGGUUAUUUGGCCUGCGCUGCUACUUUUGGGCCCACGUCUACGAUGAGAAUAAAGCACAUUCGGUGACGGCCCGGAGGUCGAAAUCCCGGGACGGCGUGGUGAACCUGGCGACGAUUGAGCGGGCGACGAUUGACAUGGACUUUGCGCUGCACUGCGUCUGGCUGGUCCUAUCGCUGCUGGUCUUGGGCCUGGCGGUCCGGACGCGGUCGCUGAGCCGGGCUGCGCCUCAUACAAUAACGCCCCUCUACAACAUCAUCAUCUCCAUCAUGUUUCGCCUCGGCUCGUCCUCAGUGUCCGGCGUCGAGGCCACGAUUGUCACCGACAUCGUCUUCCGUACAUGGCCGUACGCGCUGAUCCUCGUCGUCCUGUUCGUCCUCGGACGCAGAAAGAUUGGCGGCGUAUGGUCGACCCAGCAGCCGUUCCAGACAAAGGACGCCGCCGCGGGCGAGACGGUGUACCAGACCCCGUGGGGAUACCAGGUUACACACCAGAGGGCACCGCCGCAAGCUCCGGUGUACGAUUCGCAGGCGCAGCUCAAUGAUUAUUACGCACAGCCGCCUCAGCAAGGCGCGCAGGAAGGACAGCACCACCAGCACCAGCAGUACCAUCAGCAUCAGCAGCAGCAGCCGCAGCAGCAGCCGCACUAUGGCUAA